UAACUUCUCAUUAUGUCUGUAGUAGGUCAUAGGUCACUAAAAUAAUGACUUUCAGCAGACAUUUCCACAUAAGCAAGAGAGGGUGAAGGGGAGUCAAGGACACUCGCGCACACGGAUUUGUAAUAUUGACAGAGCAGCUGCCUCACACAGAUAAAAGUGACAUUCUGAGUGAAUUUCUGUGUAAAACCCUGAAGACCAGAGGGAUAUCCAGACAUGAUUUCAGAUGAUGAUAUCAGCACAGAUGGAAAAUCAUUACACCUUAACAUAAGAAGCAAAGGACCUAUGUGCACAGUCAGAGUUGGGUCCAGAAGGCUUCCAGUGUAUCCAUGGGUUAUCGUGUGUUUAGGACUGCUAAACACAAUUCUGAUGUUAACUGCUAUUGUUAUUGGGAUUUACUGUGGCAAAGUCAGUGAGGUAUCCGCUCCCCAUGAAAUAACAGCACAGACUCUAAUCAUAGAAGUGAAGCAACUUCAGAUAAUGCAAACUGAAGCGAGCAAAGCUCAAGAAGAGGCCCAACAAGCAUUAAAGAAAGAGCUCAGGAAACAUCAGCAACUAAAACUGCAGUUAGAACAGAACAAGACACUCAGUGACGACAUUCAGAGGCAGCUUGAGACACUACAACUGGAAAAAGUAAAACUGCAGUCUGACAAAUCUGAUACUUUGGAAAGUUGUGGACGCUGCCCGCCAGGAUGGUUUUUAUUUAACACGUCAUGCUACUUUCAUUCUAAAUCAGCAUCCAAUCCCUUAAAGAACUGGUCAGACAGCAGGGCGGACUGUAUCAGCCGUGGUGCCAAUCUGACUGUGAUUGAUACCUGGGAGGAGCAGCUAAAUCUUUUUGAGUACCUACCAAAACGGGAUGCAAGCAUUCGACCGUGGUGGAGCAGGCCUGGGGGAAUCUGGAUUGGCCUUACGGAUAUUCAGACAGAGGGCCAUUGGGUGUGGCUAAAUAAUGUGACUCUGGAUAAAGGGUACUGGAUACAAGGGGAGCCCAACAACUAUGGAACAGAGGGUGAGCACUGUGUGGCUCUUAUGAAUAUUAACAACCCAAUGGCAACGUGGUAUGACGCAAGCUGCCAAACGAACAAGGAAUGGUUAUGUGAAAUGGAACCCAACUAGCUGUGGAGAGCAUGGUGGUCCAUAUCAAGGCUAAACUUUUGUCUCAAAGAAGUUGCCUCCAUGUCAACAAGCUCGGAAACCAUUACAUGAGUAGAGAAGACCCAGCUAUUUCCCAUAUGGAUUUAUUGCAAGUUUCUCUUGUCUUGAAAAAAUGCAUGUCUCAAUUGUACUGUGCUUUGAUAUCCUUAAUCUUAAUCUCAACACUCUGCUAUCCCCGGACAGUUUAGAGGCUUUACUGAGGGGAUUAUUAAUCUUACAGUGGUUGUACAUGUUUCAGCAGUGAUGGUUUUAAUUAAUACUUGAUAAUAUUAUGAAUGUUUUUAUUCUUAUUUUCUGCUCUCGUAUUUUCUGUUAUGCUUUUUUUUUACUGCUUAGUUAUAACAUGCUAGCACACUAACACGACUGUACACUCUUACUAGGUAAAUAAUAAACAUAAAUUAUGUAAUAAUAAAAAUAAAUAAUGUGAAGAAAGGUUGA